UGUAAUUUCAACUGCAAAAGUGCAAGAUAUAGAUCGUCGAUCUAGCCACGGAUCUCUCGAUCGCUAGCUGAAAAUCGGGCCAGGAAUCAGAACAAAGAAAUAAAGACAGCGAAACUGCUACGCAACUAUGGACCAGCAUGAAGGAAUGGACACAUCAAGUGAUGAGCCUCAGCUUCAAAUAGCAGAAUUGAGUAGCCAAUGUGAUAGUCCGGAGAAUGAUGAAAAUAAGAAGAUUAAACGAAGAGAGUCUGAUGCCAAAUGUCGGGCCAACAUCAGUGCUGGAUUUGAUCUACUCAAAGAGCAAGUUUAUGCAUCAGGAAGUCAGGAAAAGGUUUCAAAGGAGUCCAUCUUGCAGGAGUCCUAUAUGAGGAUUAAAUACUUGGAGGGUAUUCUAGUAGCACUGCAACAAACAAAAGGCAAGUAUGAUCAUUAUCAGUAA